CACCAAAGCUGGUUGUUCUUAAGCAUGUCUUCAAGUGACCCUCAAAACUCGGCCUCCGGCUCGCAGGACCCAACGUCUUUUUUGCGGUCGGCCACUUUCUCGCGUGAUGGACCAGCAGUGUCCGUGGAGAAUGCUGUAACGGCUAACGACUUGCUCCUGGGUGCAUACGACCCGGCCAAAUUACAUCCUCUAGCUCAACUUGGGGACCAAUUAGACUAUCUUGUACUAGAUGACGAUAAGAUGAGUGAGUUGCCAGGGGCCGGCACAGCCAUUCCUUCUCGAGGUUGGAGUGAUGAUUUAUGCUACGGAACUGGCACAAUGUAUCUCAGUGGUCUGGCUUUGGGUGGCUUUUGGGGUGUGAGUGAAGGCGCUCGAAGACCUCUAGCCGUAUCAAAUACCCGCCUCCGGAUCAACAGCGUUCUUAAUUCUGUCACGCGAAGAGGAACGUUCAUAGGUAACUCAGCUGGUGUACUUGCCCUUGUCUAUAACGGAAUCAACUCCACCAUUGACUCUUUUCGCGGAAAACAUGACACAGCCGGCAGCAUGGCUGCCGGUGCAUUAACAGGCGCCCUCUACAAGUCAACAGCCGGGGUAAAACCCGCUCUUGCAGCAGCAUCAGUGAUAUCGGGAGUGGCAGGGAUUUGGAGCUACGUGAAGAAGAGAGUAUGAUAGACUCCUGUAACAUAUACCUUCCUAAUAUUUGCUUACCUAUGUGAGAUUUUAUUCUGACAUGUAAGCGUCCCAAUGGGAUUUACAGAACCUCGGCCGGUCGUUCAGGCCUGUUUAGAUCACUA